AUGGCAGAGAAACCAAUUCUAGAAAACUUUCUGACAUGUCCAGUGUGUUUGGAGACGUUCAGAGAUCCUGUGUCUCUGAGCUGCAACCACAGCUUCUGUUUAAUCUGCCUGAAGGAAUUCUGGAAAGAAAAGGAAAACAGAACCUGUCCUGUUUGUAGAAGAAAAAACUCCAAAGAAACAACAGUGAACUUUGCUCUUAAAGAACUGGCUGAAUCAUUUGCUGGGAGUCUGAAAGUUGGAUCAUCUGAGACCGAAAAAGGAGAAAAGAAGGUGGAGGUGGUCUGCAGCAAACAUCCAGAAGAACCUAAACUGUUCUGUAAAGAUGAAAACAGAGCUGUGUGUCUGGUCUGUGAUUUUCCUCAUCAACAUAAACACACUGUGGUUCCUGUAGAAGAAGCAGUUUCUGAAAUGAAGGAUGAGCUGAAAUCUGACUUAAAGUCUCUACAGGAAAAGAAGAAGAAAUACAAGCAAACACAGAAAACAUACGAGGAAAUAAUGAAACACUUAAAGAAUCAGGUUUUGUGGACAGAGAGUCAGAUCAGAGCAGAGUUCAACAAACUCCAGCAGUUCCUGAAAGAGGAAGAGGAGUCCAGACUGGCAGCUCUGAGGGAGGAAGAGGAGCAGAAGAGGAGGAGUGUGAUCAGAGAGAUGAAGAGGAUUGAGGAGCAGAUGUCCUCUGUGUCAGACAGUAUCUGUGCUGUUGAAGAAGAGCUGCAGAAAGCCAGCGCUCCAUUCCUCAUCAGUUGUAAAGACACUCAGAGCAGAGCCCAAGUCUGGGACAAGAUGAGGGACAAGGUCCACUUCAGCCCCGUCAUCCUGGACCCAAACACUGCACAUGGAUGGCUUCAUCUGUCUGAUGAUCUGACCAGUGUGAGAUAUGGAGACACUUAUCAGCAGGUUCCUGAUAAUCCAGAGAGAAACAAUCACUAUGCCAGUGUUCAUGGAUGUGAGGGCUUCACCUCAGGGAAACACAGCUGGGACGUGGAGGUGGGAGACCAUCUGAGGUGGACUUUAGGUUUGGUUAAAGAGUCAGUUAACAGGAAGGGAGAGUUGUUAGCUUCACCAGAAUAUGGAAUCUGGUGUUUAAAGCAUAACAGUGGAAAAUACACUAAUGGUCUUGGUCAGACAAUGAAAGUGCAGACGAGUCCACAGAGGGUCAGAGUUGAACUGGACUAUAACAGGGGGCAGGUGUCCUUCUACAACGCUGAAGAUAAGACUCAGAUCUGCACCUACAGAGACACUUCCACUGAGAAACUCUACCCUUAUUUUAGUAUUGGACCAGCCACUGGUGUUAAAACCACUGAUAUUAAAAUAUGCCAGAAGAAGAUUUCUCUGUUGUUUACAGAGAAAUGA